AUGCCUGGCCCCGUGGACACCGCAAAGUCCAUCAACAAGCGCAAGAGAAAGCACAGCUCGAAAACAGAGAGCGAUGUCGCCAAGCCCGUGGAAGCCAAAUCCAGCUCUUCAGUGACCCCGAAAAAGAGUGUUGCUUCGACCCCGAAGGCUUCAGCUGAGAAAGCUACCAAGAAGCGUAGGGUCAGCCCUUCACCGAGUGUCGAGGAGGAAAGCGCAGAUGAAGAGAGCGCCGACGACGCCGAGGCUGUUGAGGAUGUCGAGGAAGGCAGUGAUGUGGAGAGCAGUGAUGCCGAAGACAAGGCAGCUGUGAACGGUACAGAUCUUCCUACUAUGGAAGAUGUCCGCUUGCCCCAGACUGAGGGCAAGCUGCAGAAAUUCACCGAGCUCAACCUUUCCGAGAAGACCAUGCAGGGUAUCAACGAUAUGGGUUUCACAACCAUGACUGAGAUUCAACAGCGUACCGUUCCUCCUUUGCUUGCCGGACGUGAUGUGCUCGGUGCUGCGAAGACCGGUUCUGGAAAGACUCUGGCUUUCCUGCUCCCCGCGAUUGAGAUGCUGCACGCCCUGCGCUUCAAGCCCAGAAAUGGUACUGGUGUUCUCGUCGUGUCCCCUACCCGCGAACUGGCACUGCAGAUUUUCGGUGUCGCCCGUGAACUCAUGGCCCACCACUCGCAGACAUACGGUAUUGUUAUUGGAGGUGCCAACCGUCGCGCUGAGGCUGAGAAGCUGAUGAAGGGUGUCAACCUGCUCAUUGCGACCCCCGGUCGUUUGCUCGAUCACCUCCAGAACACCCAAGGAUUCAUCUUCAAGAACCUGAAGACCUUGGUCAUCGACGAGGCAGACCGAAUUCUCGAAGUCGGUUUCGAAGAUGAGAUGCGCCAGAUCGUGAAGAUUCUGCCCAAAGAAGAACGCCAGACUAUGCUUUUCUCCGCUACACAGACCACUAAGGUCGAGGAUCUGGCCCGGAUAUCCCUGCGCCCCGGACCGCUUUACAUUAACGUCGACCACAGCAAAGAGCACAGCACAGUCGCCGGUCUGGAACAAGGCUACGUGGUGUGUGAGGCUGACAAGCGUUUCUUGCUUCUCUUCUCAUUCCUCAAGCGUAACCUUAAGAAGAAGAUUAUUGUCUUCUUCUCAAGCUGUAACUGCGUCAAGUACCAUGCUGAGCUUCUGAACUACAUCGAUCUCCCCGUUCUGGAGCUUCACGGAAAGCAAAAGCAGCAGAAGCGCACCAAUACUUUCUUCGAGUUCUGCAAUGCCAAGCAAGGUACCCUGAUCUGUACUGAUGUUGCUGCUCGUGGCUUGGAUAUCCCCGCUGUUGAUUGGAUUAUCCAGUUCGAUCCUCCUGAUGAUCCUCGUGACUACAUUCACCGUGUCGGACGUACCGCCCGUGGUGCCGAAGGCAAGGGUCGCAGUCUGAUGUUCCUCCAGCCUUCCGAGGUCGGUUUCUUGAAGCACCUCAAGGAGGCGCGUGUGCCUGUCGUGGAGUUCGAGUUCCCCGCCUCCAAGAUUGUCAAUGUGCAGUCUCAGCUGGAGAAGCUUAUCGGCCAGAACUACUAUCUCAACAAGUCUGCCAAGGACGGUUACCGUUCUUAUCUCCAAGCAUAUGCCUCGCACUCCCUUCGCACUGUGUUCGACGUGAACAAGCUUGACCUCGUCAAGGUUGCUAAGGGCUUCGGUUUCAAUGCCCCUCCCCGUAUUGAUAUUCAGCUAGGCUCCAGCCUCAGCCGCGAUAAGAAGCAGGAACAGCAAGGACGCCGCACGUACGGUAGCCAGCCUAAGCACGGUGGUGGACUGAAGUUCAAGCGGAAGCACAAUGACUGA